AUGCGGGCCCGGGGGGACUCCGCCGCCGCAGCCGCCGCCGUGCCCCACGUGUCUAUCAUCCUCCCAGUCCACAACGCCGAACCGUGGUUGAAUGAGUGCUUGGAGUCUGUUUUGCAACAGGACUUCGAAGGCUCCAUGGAGCUCUCGGUUUUUAAUGAUGCCAGUAAGGAUAAGUCUAUGACUAUCAUUGAGAAAUGGAAGGUGAAGCUGGAAGGUUCUGGUAUCCCCGUGGUCAUUGGCGGGCACGUUUCUCCUUCACCCCGAGGAGUUGGAUAUUCUAAAAAUCAAGCAAUAGCACAAAGCUCAGGAUCUUACCUUUGCUUUUUGGAUUCGGAUGACGUGAUGAUGCCUCAGAGGGUGAGGCUACAACUGGAAGCUGCUGCCCAGCACCCGACAAGUAUUAUAGGUUGCCAAGUAAGGAGAGAGCCCCCCAACUCCACUGAGCGAUACACACGGUGGAUCAACCAGCUAUCAUCGGACCAGCUUCUUACUCAGGUUUUUACCUCCAAUGGCCCAACUGUGAUCAUGCCCACCUGGUUCUGCUCUCGAGCAUGGUUUUCCCAUGUGGGCCCAUUUGACGAGGGCGGACAGGGUGUGCCCGAGGACCUGCUGUUCUUCUACAACCACCUCAGAAAGGGCGGUGGGGUCGUCCGCGUGGACCAGAGCCUCCUCCUGUACCGCUACCACCCAGACGCUGCCACGCACUCUGUCCUCGAGACCACCAUCUGGACCCACCGUGUCCGCUUCCUGGAAGAACGGGUCCUGCCGCACUGGGCAGCUUUCACCAUCUGGAACGCGGGCAGGCAGGGCCGCCGGCUUUACCGCAGCCUGACAGCUGGGACACGACGCAAGGUGGUUGCCUUCUGUGACGUGGACGAGAACAAGAUCAGGAAAGGCUUCUAUUGCCACGAGGACUCUCAGGAAAGGCCUAAGCCUCGGGUUCCAAUCCUGCACUUCCAAGCUGCCCGGCCACCCUUCAUCAUCUGUGUGAAGCUGGACCUCACCGGUGGUGCAUUUGAAGACAACCUGAGGUCACUGCACCUGCAGGAAGGCCGGGACUUCCUUCACUUCAGCUGACUGGCCCAGGGCAGCUGCCCCCAGGGGGUCUGAGAGGAGGUGUAGCCCACGGAAGGUAAACGCUCCCACAAGUCAGCAGUUUAGCCCAGGCAAGAAAACCACUCCCUGUGAAGGAAGCAGCAACCAGGGUCUGCCAGGACCCAUCGGCUCCCUCGGCCCCCACUGCCACACACACCCGCGGGGGCAGCUCAUUCCCCAGCCCAGACACCGUCCGUCCUCGGUUCAUGGCUCCGACCACAGCACAGCCACC